AAUUACGUCGGCAUUAAAGGAAUAGCUUUGAAAUGGUUUAAAUCUUAUUUAUCCGACCGUUUUCAAUUUGUAGCAAUAAACAAUGAGGUGUCACGCAAAUCGCAAGUCCAGUACGGUGUACCACAGGGCUCAGUCUUAGGGCCUCUGCUCUUCGCAUUAUACAUGCUACCUCUAGGAGAUAUAAUAAAGCGACACGGAGUUAGCUUUCACUGUUAUGCUGAUGAUACUCAACUUUAUAUUUCCUCGAAGCCUCAUGAAACACAGCAGUUCCAUCGAAUAAUGGAAUGCAUAGUCGAUAUAAAAAACUGGAUGAGUAACAACUUUUUAUUACUGAACUCGGACAAAACGGAAGUGUUACUUAUUGGACCGAAAACUGCUAUAAGUAACAACCAAGAAUACUGUUUAACUAUUGACGGAUGUUCCAUAAAACCCUCGUCGUCAGCAAAGAAUCUUGGCGUUCUAUUCGAUAGUAAUCUGUCAUUUGAGAGCCACGUCGCCAACACCUGUAAAAUUGCGUUUUUCCAUUUUAAGAAUAUAUCUAAACUACGUCAUAUGCUGUCAAUCUCAGAUGCAGAGAAGUUAAUUCAUGCAUUCAUGACAUCAAGACUAGAUUACUGUAAUGCACUGUUAGGUGGUUGCCCUGCAGGCUUAUUACAAAAACUCCAAUUGGUCCAAAACGCGGCAGCUCGAGUUCUUACACGUACAAAAAAGUAUGAACAUAUUAGCCCGGUUCUGUCAACCUUGCACUGGUUACCUAUAAAGCAUCGCGUUAACUUUAAAAUCUUGCUUAUUACCUAUAAAGCCCUACAUGGUUUAGCUCCUCAGUACUUGAAUGAACUCCUUUUGUAUUACAGUCCUUCACGUGCAUUACGCUCUCAGGCGUCCUGUCAGUUGGUAAUACCUAGAAUUUCAAAAUCAAGUGCAGGUGGUAGAUCCUUCUCCUAUCUAGCGCCUAAACUUUGUCUUCCCUGCACUGUCCGGGAGGCAGACACACUCUGUCAGUUUAAAUCUAGACUAAAGACUAGGGCUGUCAACUUUAACGCAUUAACGCAUGCGAUUAUUUUUUUCAAAUUAACGCAUGAAAAAUAUUUAACGCAAUUAACGCAGCAUCCGUUUGUUUUGACAUUCUUUGUCUAGCGUUACAUUAUGUAAUCAUGCUCUUAUUCGUGUACAGCAAGGCUAGUCAAAUGGCGGCCCGUCAAUCAUCUUUACCUGGCCCGCCUUAACAUUUCGAAUAAGUGGAGAGACUUUAAGAACGGUGUGCUUUAAAUGCACGUCCUCCUGAGACGCCACAUCUUUAAAAGCCCAAAACGCUGCUACAUAAUUCCCGCAGCUCAUAAUGAUUUACGUCUUAUAAAGCGAUUUGAUCAGUCAGUCCAAGAAACUUAAUGUUAUUUACAACGUUAUAAUCAGCAAUGCAUUGCACAGCCACAGGCAAUCGGUUUGCGCACGCGAUAGGUCGUGUUCUAAAACGCGUUUUGUGCCCUUGAAAGUAGUCUAACUGUAGGAAGGGUACGCCAAGUGAACGGUUGUCUCAGAUAAUGGGAAAAAGGUGUUGUUUUUAUUACUGCAUUCAUUAUGAAUAAUGGCUACACAGUAAAAUCGGCAGUGUUAAUCAAGCAGUGUUACUCUAUAUUUACACUUAAGGAGUCAACUUAACAACAAAUGGUGAAAGAUGCCCCUAGUGAUGGUGAACAUUAUCAGAGUAAAAUUCUGAGACGUUAGCUUUACUCUGUUAAGCCCCGCCCCUCAAGCGACCUUCUUCGAGAAGAUCAGGACAGUUACAUAAGUUGUCUGGUCGUCGCCAUUUUCUCUUUCCACGGAUCGAAAGGUACGCUCUUUUAAGUGUUCUCUUUUGUGUUAAUUUGAAUGAUUGUGUGAAUAUAUGUGCUAUAUUACUGCACUGGAAAUAGUUUGAUGACAUUUGUGAAAUUUGGUUGGUUUAAAUCCACUUAACCAACCUCGAGGCAAGUGCAUGCGUUGGAGAAAUAUUUUUAGUCACUAUGGGAAUGAUAUAGCUUAAAUUAUGUCAAUAGUUUUACUUGAUUACGUCAUCUGUUGCCUUAGCUUGAUGUGUGCUGUACGUUAGUAUUUUUUAAAUCAUUUAAGUCGUAUAACGUGUCUAUUGUAAGGUCUAAAUGUCUAUGUUUUGGGUCUAGCUGUGGCGAAUGUGUCUUUUAUAUAAGUUAACUUAAAUGUGAAUACUUAAUAGAUGUUAGUUCGCUUAACGAUGUUGUGGAUUUGAUUGUUUUGUUGAGUUUCAGAAUGUUUUAUGACCUUAGAUACAGAACCUAAAUCACGAAAACAAAAAUAUUGUUAUAAUUAAUGUUGUAAUUAUAUUUAAACAGUAACUAUAUAUGCGACUGUUUAGAUCAUUAAAGAUACAAUCUGUUUAGUGUCGCCAAUAAUUAUAAAAUAUGAAGACGUUUGUUAAACGUCACCUUUGUCGUUUUAUUGAAGCCACAUAGAUGGCGCAAUGAGAUUUGUGUUGACUUGGUUUUUAAGGCCGCGAAACGAAGGUGCUGUUCCGCCAUUAAAACAGAAGAAGGCGGAAAAGUUUCUUUCAAAUGCCUGCUGCGUUUUAAUCAUUUUAACGUUCUCAUUUCGUUAUCACGAAUGACUAUUUAAUGUUAUUGCUGUUAGACAUACACCAUUAGGUUACAUGAUCGGAUCGGAACAUGUUUGUUCUAGUGUAAGUAAUUUAAACAACAGUGUUUUUGAUAAGCGCCUCAGUCUUGAACAUGAAACCGAUUGCAGAACUAUAUUUGUCAUUUCAUAGCCCAUAUUAUUGCAGAAUUAACGUUUUGUUAUUGCCCUUUUUUGAAUUAUCUAUUGCAGGUAACUUAUUGGAUUUGUAACUGGAUGAGUGAGGUAAUAUUUUGAGUUUAUCUUUUCAUUUCAAUACAAAUGGCAUGCAUUAAGUAAAACACUAGUAUUAAUACACAAAUGUUUGAAGUUUCUUUGCUACAUUGUACCUGUUCUAAUAACAAAUACUGUUAUUUACUAUGUGAGCUGUUGCAGCAGAAUGUAUGUACAUAUUAUAUGUUGGGCACUAAACCUUUUUCCUGUCAUCUGUGUAGAGUAUGCUGAUCAAGGUGAAACUAGGGGAUACCCAAAAAUUUGUUAAAAUAACUGAGCUGAGCCUGGAGGCAUUUUUGUGUGCUGCCUUUUUAAAGUUUGGAGUCCCAAGUGUACUGGAGAAUGUGAAGGUUCUUGAUGAAUCAGGGACUGAGGUGGAUGGAGAUGUUUUUGAGGAUGUAGUUAAAG